CCUGUAAAGGGUCAACACAAAGCCCAAAAUAACCUGCCAACACAGCGUCCAGCGGAAGUGAGCCUGGAGGAAAACAUCGUCGCAUCUUCUCGCCGGUAGGGAGCUCGCCGCGCCGGCCACCGCGGCCGCCGGGGGUGGAUCCCUGACGCUGGACGCACCACCCCGCCUCGGGGGUGGGGCUGGGCUGCCCCGCCGCUGCAGAUUACGCCGAUGCCUCGGCUCUACUCCAGCACGCCGAUGUCCCGCAUCCGCCUCCGCCUCCGCCGCCGCUUGUCCUCCUCCUCCAACUCCACCUCGCUGGCCUCACCCUCCUGCUCUCCCCAGGCCGCCUUUGCUUCGGCCACAGAGCGCGUCCGGGCUGGCACGCUCAGCCCAGAAGACGCACACCACCUGUUCGAUGAAUUGCUACGGCAGGCCACUCCGGUUCCCGAGCGCUCUCUGGAUAGCUUCCUCGCCGCCCUCUCCCGUGAGCCAGAAUCUACAGCCUGCAGAGAUGGCCCCGCCCUCGUCCUUUCCCUCUUCAACCGUGUCUGUCGAGCAGAAGCCGGCAUGCGGGUGGCGCCGCCCACAAUCUUCAGGUACGGCAUCCUCAUGAACUGCUGCUGCCGCACUCGCCGCCCGGAACUAGGGCUUGCCUUCUUCGGCCGCCUCCUAAGGACAGGCCUGAAGUCAAAUGAGACCAUCACCAGCACCCUCCUCAAGUGCCUCUGCUACGCAAAACGGACAGAUGAGGCAGUGAACCUGUUGUUUCAUCCGAUGCCCGAGCUCAGCUGUGUGCAUAAUGCCUUCUCAUACUCUAUUGUCCUGAAGAGCUUAUGCGACGAAAGGAGGAGCCAGCGAGCGCUUGACCUGCUGCAGAUGAUCGCAAAAGAAGGAGGUACCUGCUCCCUCAACGUUGUGGCAUAUAACACGGUCAUCCAUGGUUUCUUUAAGGAAGGAGAAGUAGGUAAGGCAUGCAAUCUGUUCCAUGAAAUGAUGCAGCAAGGGAUCGUGUCAGAUGUGGUCACGUAUAGCUCGGUUAUUGAUGCCCUGUGCAAGGCCAGAGCAAUGGACAAGGCAGAGUUGUUCCUUCGGCAGAUGGUUGACAACGGUGUUCAACCAAAUGUAGUGACAUAUACUGCCAUGAUUCAUGGAUAUACCACUUUGGGCCGGUGGAAGGAGGCAACUAAGAUGUUCAGAGAAAUGACAAGGCAGGGUCUUAUACCAGAUACUGUUACUUGGAACUCAUUCAUGGCCUCCCUUUGCAAGCAUGGAAAUACCAAAGAAGCUGCAGAAAUUUUCUAUUCCAUGGCUGCCAAGGGCCAGCAGAAGCCAGAUAUCUUCUCAUACUCUAUUCUGCUUCACGGGUAUGCCUCUGAAGAAUCCUUUGUUGAUAUGAUUAAUCUCUUUAAUUCAAUGGCAAGCAAUGGUAUUGUAGCCAACUGCCAUGUUUUUACAAUAUUAAUUGAUGCAUACGCUAAAUGCGGGAUGAUGGAUGAAGCUAUGCUCAUAUUUACCGAAAUGCAAGGACAAGGAGUGAGUCCGGAUGCCUGCACCUAUUUAUCUGUAAUAGCUGCACUUUGUAGAAUGGGUAGGCUGGAUCAUGCUAUUGACAAAUUCAAUCAGAUGAUUGCUAUGGGAGUACAGCCAAACGCAGCUAUUUAUAACUCCUUGAUUCAGGGUUUUUGUUUGCAUGGUGAUUUGGUGAACGCAAAGGAGUUGGUUGCUGAAAUGAUGAAAAAAGGUAUUCCUUGUCCCAACAUUGUAUUUUUCAGUUCAAUAAUGAACAGCCUAUGCAAAGAAGGAAGGGUUAUGGAUGCACACAAUAUCUUGAACUUGGUUAUAGACGUAGGUGAGAGGCCUAAUGUUAUUACAUUUAGUUCACUGAUUGAUGGAUACUGCUUAGUUGGCAAGAUGGAGGAAGCAUGCAGAGUACUUGAUGCCAUGAUAUCAGUUGGCAUUGAGCCUGAUGUUGUUACAUAUAGUACACUUGUUAAUGGCUAUAUGAGAAGCGGGAAUAUAGAUGAUGCGUUAAUUAUGUUCAGCAAAAUGUUGCAUAAGAGAGUUAAACCUACUACUGUCACAUAUGACAUCAUACUGGAUGGGUUAUUUCGUGCUGGGCAAACUGUUGCUGCAAAGAAAAGGUUCCGUGAGAUGAUCGAAAGUGGAAUAACAGUGCACAUUUCCACAUACAGUAUAAUCGUUGCAGGACUUUGUAGAAAUAAUUGUGCUGACGAAGCAAUCACCAUGUUCCAGAAAUUACGUGCAAUGAAUGUGAAGUUCGAUAUUGCAAUAUUCAAUACCAUUCUCAAUGCAAUGUACAAGGUUCGGAGAAGAGAAGAAGCUAAAGACCUGUUUGCUGCAAUUCCAGCCAGUGGGUUGGUACCUACUGCUUCUACUUUUGGAGUUAUGAUACAAAACCUUCUAAAAGAAGGAUCAGUGGAAGAAGCUGACAAUAUGUUUUUAUCAAUGGAGGAGAGUGGUUGUGUUCCGAGCUCUCGCCUUUUAAAUGAUAUCGUUAGACUAUUAUUGGAAAAAGGUGAGAUAGUCAAGGCUGGAAAUUAUAUGUCUAAAGUUGAUGGCAAGAACAUCUCACUUGAAGCUUCAACUACUUCGUUGUUGAUUUCUCUAUUUUCAAAUAAAGGGAAAUAUCAAGAACAAAUAAAACUUCUCCCUUCAAUGUACCAAUUUUUUGAUGGAGUCAGUUGAUGCACUGGAGCAGCAGAUAAAAGUUUGGCGUGGUUACUAGAUCCUUCUCAACAAUGAGAACAUGUGUUCUCUUCCGUCGGCUCACCAUGAUCGAGCUGGGUGGUAGUGCCACUGUGGUGUUCCUGUCUGGUGCAUGGCUACAAGGCGCACACUCUAUGGACAUCGCCCCUUCACACUGUCUCCACACACAAGUAUUUUGAAGCUGAAUGUGAUGUGUUUGAAUGCUGUCUGAAUAUCUUCCACAGCAUCCUCCACAAUUCGUACCAGAUUCCACAAGGGUUCUCCAAACUGCGUUGAGACGGCGGGUUUCGCAAUGGUGAACUCCCCUGGCUCCAUCCUCCCAGACACUGUCUUCGAGCAUGAAUAGCGCGUCAUAUUUCACCACUGUAUGGAUCCUCAAAACCCUAUUGCAUGUCUGCUAUUCACAAAACUGGUCCUGAUGCCCACUAGGAAGUCUCUAACCCCUGUAACCGCAAACUAGAACUCUAGUCCUUGCAGGCACAAUGCAGCAAGAGCUAGGGGUUGUGUUGAGCUGGUCACAUUUCCUUCCAUGCUGAAUGAUCCCUAUGCCUGCUGGGAAAUCUCCAACCCCUGUGCAUGGCUGCUCCUACAAACUACUAGAACACUAGUCCUUGUGUGCACAAUGGCAGCAAGAGCUAGGGGGCUGCAUUCAGAUUCCACCGUUUCUUUCCAUCCAUGCCGCCGAAGGGGAUCCUGUAUCCAAGCCAAUGCACUCGUGUGAAGUACUCCCUCCGGUUCAUAGUAUCUAGACAUAUUUUAGUUCUAGAUACAUCCAUAUUGAAUUCAAUUAAUAUGAAUCGGAGGGAGUAAUAAACUUUAUCAGGUAGGAGGAGCAUUUUCUUUAUGCCUCUGUGAUUUUUGUUAGCGGCUUGUCUGGGCUACCCAUCAGUGUGUUUGACCCGAGUGACGCACUUUUUUUUUUUUUUUGAAACUGACCCGAGUGACGCACUGGCUGUGAGCCAUUGUCUGAACCUGGAUCAAAACUGCGUGGUCAUUGUUUGAACCCAGUGUUCCUAAUUUUUCCCCAGCAA